AACAGUAACGCCUAAGGUUGCAAGUACUGUAAAGAUAGAUACAUAUCAUAUACAACUCUUUGUUCGAACUGACAAUACGUAACGGAGAGGCAUUUAAAUGUUGAUUUACAAUACACUCAGUAUUAAAUGGUUGUCGUCUUUUGUUUUGUUAGAAUAAGGUUGACAUGAUCAAUGCUGUAACCAAUGGUAACCAUGUUUAAUUCAUUAAAGAAUAUGAUGUUUGGAAAUGAGAAAACAGAAGAGUCUGCAGAUGGACCUGUAAUCAUUCAGGUGGAUUCCAUGUCGAAGAAUGCAACCGAAGUGUGGGAAAAGAUGAAAGUCAAACAAAAUCAAAAGAAAGUCAAACAUAUGAAUUCAAAGACACCAGUCACAGAAGAUAAGAUCCGCUUUGUAUGCAUAUCAGACACACAUGCUAAAAUUGAGUAUUGUCCAACAGAUUUUGUUCCUGAUGGGGAUGUUCUCUUGCAUGCUGGCGACAUCACCAAUGUUGGUCAACCAAAAGAAAUAAAGAAGUUUAAUGAUUAUUUAGCUACACUACCACAUAAACAUAAAGUUGUAAUCGCAGGCAACCAUGAUUUAACUUUUGAUGAAGCAAUGGAGGAGAAACUUAGCAGAUGGCAUGUAAAAAAAAAAGAAGUUAAAGCUUUUCUACAGGAAAAUGGAGUGAACAAGGUUAAGGAACUGCUGACUAACUGUGUAUACUUAGAGGAUUCUAUGGUUACAUUGUAUGGUAUUAACAUUUAUGGAUCCCCUUGGCAGCCAUGGUUUAAUGACUGGGGUUUUAAUUUAGAAAGAGGUGAAGAAAUGUUAAAGAAAUGGAACUGGAUUCCAGAGAAAACAGACAUACUUAUAACACAUGGUCCACCUGUUGGGUAUGGUGAUACAAACUUUGAUGGCAGUAGAGUUGGCUGUGUAGAGUUACUCAAUACCAUACAGAAAAGAGUAAAACCACUGUAUCAUAUAUCUGGACAUAUACAUGAAGGAUAUGGUGUAACCUCAGACGGAUAUACCACAUACAUCAACGCCUCCACUUGUACAUCACAUUAUAGACCUGACAAUCCACCAAUAGUAUUUGACUUUCCCAUUCCUGAAGGUCAUUCUAAACAGGAAGUAAUAGAUUUGACUGUUACACAGUAUGGCACACAAGAUAACAGAAAAACAGAGACAGUUUCAGAUGAUGAUUUAGUGGAAUUUAAAGAGGAUGAAGAGGAACCUGUAAAACUUUGUGUGCUUAGUUCAACCUAGUUAUGUUAUUUGCAGAACAGUUAUUGGUAAACUUAUGGAGACAAGAUUAAUAGGAAAAUCAAAUAGAUAUGCUAUUAAGAGGGAGAACAUUAAAAUCUUUUUCUACAGAGAAAAAAAUGAAACUUUUAUUUUUAUUAAAAGUGCAAAAUAUGAAUUUGGUUUUAAAGUUUAAACUUUUUGUUGUCAAUAAUAUACUUUGGUCAUUUAAAAGGAUGACCGAAUAGUCAGAUAUACAUUUUUAAAAUAGUAAAAAAGCAGUAAUUCACAAUUUAAACCACUAAAACGGUUCUAUUUCUAUGACACAUCUAUAGGGAAACAUUUUGAUAAUUGCAUAUGCAUGCCAAUUUGAAGCACCUUUGGGGAGGAUAAUAUACUUAAGUUUUUCUGCACUAUUAUCAGCCUUGAUUAUAUUUCCAGUAUUAAAGAAUCACAGUUUUAAUUCUUGAAAGCAAUACCCUAUGAAUAUUUUAUGGUCAUGAUGAAAGCUCAUAUUUAUACAAGACUUUUAUAAGAGCUUUCAUAGAAACAGGACUAAGAGGAUACUAAAACUUGCUCUCAACAAUAAAUAUACACCUCUGCCUUAUUACUGUGUGUACUUAUGUUUUAUUAAUUUGAAUUGUAGUCCAAUGAACUGCACAAAUUUUACAAGAGUUAUGUAAUUUUAAUGCAUUUUUUCUAAUAUUGUAUUAUGUAAUUUUGCAGGUUUCAUUUUGAACAAAAAGUCUGCUCAGCAAAGUUCUGAAAUAAAUUUUUACAGCAACUCUUCCCUCCUGUAGAAUUAUACAAAGCAAUUGUUGGUCUUUCAUUAUAAAACUGUUGCUUGAAUAACUUCUGAUUUCAAUGAUCUUAACAAAUGCAAAAAUGAUUUUUAUUAUUGAAACCCUUGUUUUUCUACAUAAUUGAAAUACAACUGUUGAAAAGAACUUUAAAAAAACAUGACAUUCAACUUUAGGAAGCAAAAAUAUAGUUUUCUUUGUUCCAAAAUAUGAUAAAAUGUCUAAAUUGUCAGACAGCAGCAGCAUGCUAAAAAGUUAAGCUGGUUGGUAAUGAACUAGACUUCAUUUUAUAAGUAAAAUCAUAGUUUGUAGGAACAAUAUGAGAAAACUUUGAGGUUUCUUUUCCUUAUCCAUUCAUUUGAUGUUAAAUGGUUUCUCAAUGAGUCUGAUUACUUUAAUCUUUUGAUGUGAAAAAAGUUAAAGAAUGAAUUUGAUCUUAUAGAUUGUAAUUAUGUUAUUGUGGUAAUUAUGUUAUUGUGGUAAUUAUUUUCUGUUGUUAUGAAAAAACUAUUGCCAUUGUGCACAGACAAUAAUCUCUUUCGCAAAAAUGUCGCCAAAAAAAUUGUUGUCACACAAUAAAUGCAAUAUUGAGGUUUUUCAAUGGCUGCAGGUAUAAGUUUUGGUAAUUUUUAUGAUUAUGAAAAUUGAUACAUGCAGUCAGUAAUGAACAAUGCUGUAACUAUUAGAGUUUAUGAACUAAAAAUAUUCAAAGGGGACAAUAUUGAAAUUUUUGUGAUACAAAGUUUUUUUCUUUUUUUUUUUCCAUUUUAGUAGUGAUUUUUCAGUUUGCUUACUUGACCUUCAUAUGUUGAAAUUGCAAUUUAGUUUAUAAGCUGAAAAGAGUUGUGUGUUAAUGGCUUAGGUUCCAAAAUUCUGAACUUUAUGUUGCCCUUUGUUGUUUUGUUUUUUUACCUAAAAUAAAAUUGAAAUAACUUAAGCUAGAUAUAUUAUAUGAUAUAUAAAUAAAAGCAUGAUUUGUUAUCGUAACUCAAUUCAGACAUGUUUAGUUGUGAAUAUUUUUUGUUUGCCUCCAUACCUCAUCAUUUUGUAAAUAUUAACAUUUAUUAAGAGACAAGACUUACAACCACAGUUUUGAUAAAUUUCAUUUCUUAUUGUUUUUUUUUUUUAAUUUGUAGUUUUCAAGGUCCAAGAAAAAAUAAGCACAAUAAGCCAUAGAGUUUAUAAUCUGUCUUGUUUAGUUCCAAUAAACAUCCUGUUAGUAUGUAUGACUUUCCUGUUGAUUAUCCAGAAAAUGGUACUAAUGUGAAACUAAUUGCAACAUUUAAUAGAUUGGUCUAUAGUUAUCCAAAGGUUAAAUGAUCUAUAAUCUUCUUUAUUGUUCAUUGUGUGUUAAUUUACGUUUUUUGAUUGAGUUAAGCCUUCCAAUUGAUAUUUUAUAGUGUGUUUUUCUAUGUUGUGAUGUUAUACUAUUGUUUCAGAAAAGGGAGAAGGUUUGGUACCAUUAAAACGUUUAAUCCCGCUGCAAAUGUUUGUACCUGUCCUAAGUCAGGAAUCUGAUUACAGUAGUUGUCUUCUGUUUAUGUAGUUCAUACGUGUUUCUCGUUUCUCGUUUUUAUAUAGAUUAGACCGUUGGUUUUUCCGUUUGAAUGGUUUUACACUAGUAAUUUUUUGGGGCCCUUUAUAGCUUGCUGUUCGGUGUGAGCCAAUGCUCCGUGUUGAAGGCCGUACCUUGACCUAUAAUGGUUUAUUUUUAUAAAUUGUAACUUGGACGGAGAGUUGUCUCAUUGGCACUCAUACCACAUCUUCCUAUAUCUUUGUAAAAAAGAACUGUUCUGUGCUUGCAAUGUCAACAAUGUAUUGCUAUUUUUAUGUUCAGACUACAAUGAUAGGAGGAAGGGGGCGUUAUAUGUCUUGGUCUGUGUAUCUAUAACUCCAUCUCUUCAAUUGUCCUAUUUCAGGUUAAAGUUUGGUUUAAGAGGUUUAUCAUGAAAAUGUGGUCAAAUCAACUUAAAAAACUUAAUACACUAGUUAAUUUUGAUGUUAACACUUAGAUAUGUAUUCAAAAAUAGAGUUUUGACUGAUAUUUUGUGGUUCACUAAAUAUAUACAUGUAAUAGUGGGUGUGGGGCAAGGUAUCAUAUGGACACAUAUUCUUCUUAUUUACUUAUUUCUGUUCCUAUAUUAUGUUUCUGUACGUCCUGAAAUUGGUUUCUGUUCUCUAACUUUAGUUUGCCUCAAACCAAAUGUUAUAAAACUUAUACACAAUGCUUAUUACCACAAAACACAGAUCAAGUUUCGAAAUUGGAUGACGUCACUUUUACUGUUCAUGAGUUAUGCCCCUUUAUAAACAUAAAAAUUGCUGAAUUUUUUGUUUCCGUUCUCUAACUUUAGUUUGCCUCGACCAAAUAUUAUAAAACUUAUACACAAUUUUCUGUAUAUCAAUAGUAUAUGAUAUUAAAAAUAUAUGUAAUAUGUCUGCACUUAUUAAUUGGCAGAGCUUUUUAUUUGAUUGUACCGAUACUGGAAGUGUACAGGACAAAAAGGCAUAACUGUAUUGGAAUUUAUGAUUUAAAAUUAUGUUCAAUUAUAACUGAGGCUUUAUGAAGUCAGAAUCAGCCUCUGCUGUAUUAAAUCAUGACCAUUAACUGUAUUUGUAUAGCAGUGUACCAUGUCUUUCGUUAUCUUUUCUGUGAUAUUAAAUUCUUAAUAAAUGUAAAAUUGCA